AUGGCUCGGACGAACCUGCUGAGCUUCCGCCCCUGGCCGGUGACGCUGGUCACCUGUGCCGUCUACCUGGCGCUGGCCGUCGCCCUGCUGGUUGUCCACCACGUCGUGCCGCCGGCCCCGACGCACAGUCCUGCGGGGAUCGAUCUCGACGAGGCGUGGGACGACCUGCGGCAUCUCUCGGGUCAUUUCCAUCCGUAUAACUCGCAUCAGAACGACCUGGUGCACGCGUGGCUGCUGCAGCGGAUCGACGCGAUUCUGGCCUCGACGGCCGAAGGACAAGAAGAAGGAGGAGGAGGAGAAGAAGAAGGAGAAGAAGAAGGAGAAAAAGACACUACGCCGCCGCAGGUGUAUGUCUUUGACGAUAACGUGUCGAACCUGACGUUUGGCAGUAGCGGCAUCAACACCCCCGCCGUGGGUGUCUACUUUGAGGGAACGAAUAUCAUCGUGUACAUCCGCGGCACGGAGGAUGACCCGGACAACUGGUGGGAACGGGAGGACGCGCUGGCGCCGACGGCGCAGCACGGUGUGCUGGUCAACUCGCAUUACGACAGCGUGUCGACGGGAUACGGCGCGACGGACGACGGGGUGGGCGUCGUGACGUGCCUGCAGCUGAUCCGGUACUUUGCGAGCGCGGCGCAUGCGCCGCGGCGCGGGCUCGUCGUGCUCUUCAACAAUGGCGAGGAGGACUUUUUGAACGGGGCGCGCGUGUUCAGCCAGCACCCGCUGGCGCGGUUCACGACGAGCUUCUUGAACCUCGAGGGCGCGGGCGCGGGCGGUCGCGCGGUCCUCUUCCGCGGCUCCGACGCACAGGUCACUGCGUUUUAUGAGCGGGCGCCGCACCCGUUCGGCUCUGUGCUGGCGGCGGAUGGGUUCAAGGCUGGGUUAAUCGCCAGUCAGACGGACUACGUCGUCUUCGAGGGAGACUUGGGCAUGCGCGGGCUGGACGUCGCCUUCAUGGCGCCCCGCGCACGCUACCACACUGACCAGGACGACACCAAACACACCAGCCGUGACUCGGUGUGGCAUAUGCUCUCUGCGGCCGUCGCCACCACGGAGGGUCUUGUCUCUGACGGCUCGCAUCGGUUCGACAGCGGGCAGUCCGGCUCCCCGGGCGUCUGGUUCGACCUGUUUGGUGCUGCAUUUGUCGUCUUCCGACUGCACACGCUCUUCGCCCUCUCGGUCACCCUGCUGGUCGUCGCCCCGCUUGUCCUCCUGGGGACCAGCAUCGCCCUUGUCCGCGCCGACAAGAUGUAUCUGUUCCGCUUGUCCGUGCGAGUUCGCGACGACGACGGCUACUAUGUCGGCGAGCGGGUGGGCUUACAGGCGCUCCGUGGCUUCUUUCGUUUUCCUUUCCUCCUGGGCAUCCCCACUGGGGUGACGGUCGGGCUGGCCUAUCUGGUAACCAAGGUAAACCCGUUGAUCGUACACAGCAGCGAGUAUGCAGUGUGGAGCAUGAUGAUUUCGGCCUGGCUGUUCCUGGCUUGGUUUGUCUCGCGUGUGGCGGACUUCGCACGCCCGUCUGCCUUGACUCGCGUGUACGUCUGGACCUGGCUGUUUGUGCUGGCGUGGGUGCUCCUGGUCAUCGCAACAACAUAUGAGAACCGCUUCGGUCUGGCAGGCGGGUAUUUCAUCUUCUUUUUCUUUGCCGGCACCUUCCUGGCCACCUGGAUCUCGUACCUCGAGCUGUUUGCCCUGCCGCGCAAGACCGACUAUGUCACGGCCCUGCAAGCGCGCGAUACCGGGUCGCGGCGUCCGAGCACCUUUGGUAGCCGGUACGGCACGCCAGGCGGCGAGGAAGAAGAAGGGGACGACGACCACGAUGAUGGUGAUGACGACGAAGCAGUCGAGGAUGAAGGACUAGCAACGGAUGACGAGGUCCAGGGCGCGCCGACAGAAUCGACAUCGCUGCUGCGCGGACACGUACAGCAGCAGCAGCAGCAGCAGCAGCAGCGUACCACCUUUGCCAACUACGUGCGCGUGGGCAAUCACUCUGCAUACCACCAUGGCCGUCACGACGACGACGAGGAUACCAGGGGAGGAGAGCGGAACGUGUAUCGCUUCGAGCAGGCGUGGAGCCGGUCCCUGCCGCAGUGGACGUGGGUACUGCAGUUUCUACUGACGGGGCCCGUGGUGCUGAUCUUCGUGGGCCCGCUGGCUUUGAUGCUGACCACGAGUCUCCAUCAAACGGGCCAAGACGGCAGCGCCAUCCUGACAGUAUACGUGUUCAUGGCGGCGUUCACGACGCUGCUGUUCUCCCCCGUCCUACCUUUGAUCCACCGGUGUACCUUCCACGUGCCCGUGUUCCUCCUCCUCGUCUUCACGGGGACCCUCAUCUACAACCUCACGGCGGCGCCCUUUUCCGAAUCGAACCGGUUGAAGCUCUACUUCAUGCAGGAAGUCGACCUCGCCUCGGGCGCCAACCGCGCCGUCCUCAGCGGCGUAUCCCCCUUUGUCGACGAGGUGGCUCGUGCCAUGCCCAGCGCAAGAGGGAAACAGGUCACCUGUUCUCCCUCCUCGCCUAGACCUGUCUCCUGCUCGUGGGAAUCCAUCCCGCCUAACCCUUUCUCUCCUGUUGAUGCUGUUGAUGCUGUUGAUGCUGUUGAUGCAUACAGCGACUGGAUGUCCUUCUCCGCCUCAAAGAUUUCAACAGGCCACGCCCUGUUUGAGAUCUCCGGACGCAACACGCGUGCCUGCCGGCUUGUCUUCGACAACCCCAUUGCCAACUUCACUGUGGAGGGUGCUGCAGAAGAUGAUCCGCGCUUCCCCUCGACCUUUGCACAGGGGUACAGGGAGAUCCGGCUGUGGAGUCGCCAAUGGGAGAAUCAAUGGAAUGUAGAUGUUUACUGGAAUGGUAGUCAAGCCGAAGCCAAGAUCCAUGGGAAAGCAGUAUGUCUGUGGAGUGAUAAUAAUCGGGUCGGUCUGAUCCCUGCCCUCGACGAGGUAAAGCAGUAUAGCCCUGCCUGGGUGGCGAUUACUAAGGCUGGAGAUGGGCUGGUGGAGGGAUAUCAUCGGUUUGACUUGUAG